AUGCAACAAGCUCUAGUCCCUCUUGUCAAAACCCCGUGUCUGGUGCAGUACCAAGUGUAUCCAGUUGUUGAUCCCAGAAAUGUAGGGUUUCAGGCACAAGAUUUGGGGCAUUUGACCGUAAUAAAUAGUUCUUUGAGGGCUCGCGUUGAUGCUUUAGCUUCUGAAGUACCGAAUUCGCUUGGUGCUAAUUCUGUCAAAGAUAUGGAAAAGUCUGUUUUAUCACCUAUUAUUAUUGUCACAGAGAUAUGGAUCCAACCUGUUGUUGGUACUAUCAACUCACUUCACUUAGAAGCCGAUCACUGGUCAGGAUGUACUUUCAUCGAUUUGCCUCUAGCCAUUUUUAAUGAAGACAAAGAGUGUAUUGUUCCAUAUACAACACUGGACAGCUUAUAUAACCUUGUAAUGAACAUGUCUAAUAUUUACAUUGCUUCACAUGAAAGGGCAACGCAAGUAGGCGAUGAUAUGCAUCCAUCAUCGUGGCUUCCGGCGGACGUCCGCUUAGCGUACAGUAGGAUACCUCGACUAUUGUCUCUUGCCCCAACCUGA